GCUUCCGCUCCUCCUACUCUAAUCAUUAGCAUUGCGGGGACUGUGCCUCCUGCAGUCAUCAGCAAAUGUACAGGAUACCCCUGUGUGUGAGCACAUAGUGUUCCUGCAGCAGCAGCAAUACCCCAGCCAUGGCUGCCUCCUCUAUGCUGUCCCUGAGCGGCCUCUGUCACUGGGCUGCCUGGCUCUUCCUCCUCUACCUGCUGUACAAAGCCUCUACGCUGUACCUGAGGUGGCAGCAGCUGCGCCGGGUGUUCUCUGCCUUCCCAUGCCCCAAGAGGCACUGGCUGUACGGCAGCGCUUAUGAGUAUAAAAAGGAUGGGCGAGACCUGGACAUCAUGGCGGGGUACGCCAAGCAGUAUGAUUACGCCUUCCCAAGGUGGUUUGGAAAUUUCUUUGCUUCUCUCACUAUCUGUCACCCGGACUAUGCGAAGACCAUUCUCACCGGGCAGGAUCCAAAGGAUGGCUUUAUCUAUUACUUCCUAACCCCGUGGAUUGGGAAAGGGCUGCUGGUCUUAUCAGGACAGAAAUGGUCCCAGCACCGCAAGCUGCUGACUCCGGCCUUCCACUAUGACGUCCUGAAGCCGUAUAUCAGGCUGAUGUCAGACUCUGCUACUGUCCUGCUGGACAAAUGGGAGAAGCUGGUCCCCGAUCAGAAGCCGGUGGAGCUCUUCCAUUAUGUCAGCCUCAUGACCCUGGACACCAUUAUGAAAUGCGCCUUCAGUUACCAUAGCAACUGCCAGAAUGACAGUGAGAAUGAUUACAUCAAAGCGGUGUAUGAGCUGUCCUACCUGGUGGAUCACCGGACUCGCUGCUUCCCCUACCACAAUGACCUCAUCUACUACCUGAGCCCACACGGAUUCCGCUUUCGCAGAGCGCUGAAAAUCGUACAUCGCCACACGGAUAAUGUAAUUAACCAGAGAAAAGAAGCCCUGACACAGGAGACAGGGAAGCAGAAGAGACACUUGGAUUUUCUGGACAUCCUAUUAUAUGCCAAGGAUGAGAACGGGCAGGGCCUGUCCGAUGAGGAUCUGCAGGCGGAGGUGGACACGUUCAUGUUUGAGGGACAUGACACCACAGCCAGCGGGGUCUCCUGGAUAUUAUACUGUAUGGCCAAGUACCCGGAGCACCAGGAGAAAUGCCGGGAGGAGAUCCGGGAGGUCCUGGGGGAGCGGAACACCGUGGAGUGGGAGGAUCUGGGUAAGAUGCCGUACACCACCAUGUGUAUUAAGGAGAGUAUGCGCCUCUACCCCCCAGUACCGGGAAUUUCUCGUGAGCUCAGCCAGCCAAUCACCUUCUGCGAUGGGCGGAGUCUGCCCAAAGGUACGCAUGUCUUCCUGAGUGUAUAUUGCAUCAAUAGGAAUCCCAGCACGUGGGACCAUCCAGAGACUUUUGACCCUGCGAGAUUUACUCCUGAGAAUUCAUCCAAGAGACACGCGUACAGCUUCCUUCCCUUCUCAGCCGGAUCACGAAACUGCAUUGGACAGAACUUUGCCAUGAACGAGAUGAAAGUCGCCGUCGCCCUGACGUUACAGAGAUUUGCGCUGACUCCAGAUCCGGACAAAGAACCAUUAAAGAUCCCUCAGUUAGUCCUACGCUCUGUGAACGGAAUUCACCUGAAUCUGAGGAAAAUAUAGAGAAAUGCCUGAACACAGGAGACUGUUGGCUAGAUGCGUCAUCGCUUGGAAAGUGAUCAAAUGGAGAGUGAAAAAGUACCAGCCAAUCAGCUCCUAACUGACAUUUUUCAAACACAGCCUGUAACAUGGAAGUUAGUACCUGAUUGGCUGGUGCUUUUUCACUCGCCAUUUUAUCACUUUCCAAGCGAUGACGCAUCUAGCCCUGUAACUUUAAACUUUUUCCAAAGAAAUAAAUAAGAAUGAACUAAU